AUGCGUCUCUCAACCGCUCUCUGGGCCCCUGCAGGUGGCUUCCUGUUUAAGAAGUGGAAGGAGAAGUUCCUUUUGCUGACAGCAGAGGGCACUCUGCUGGUGUGCCGGGAUGCAGAGUCUCCUCCAGACUUCCAGGUGCCGCUGCACUCCAGCUGUGAGGCCAUUCUGAGGGGCACAGAGAUCAUAGACCUGCCCAGGCUGCCCCUGGGAGCAGAGAGAGAGAGUUGCUUGGCUCUCAUACUGAGAGAGGGGGAGUACCUCCUGCUGCUAGCUACAGACAAGGAGCAGUGCAGUCAGUGGCUCAGCGUGCUUCGCAAAGUCAAAGAGAGCGCCACUCAAUGUGCCCCGCUGAGAUGCUGCAAACGUCACCUUACACCUGCGCCCCAAACCCCCAGCCGCGGACAGAGGGAGACCCCAACACCAGAGAAAGUCAACCAGGAGGAAGCUGGGAUUCAGCGCAGGGGCAAAGCAGGGAAGCCCUCAUUUAACUGCCUCUGUCACGGCCCUCCAGCCCCCCAGCGAGCCGUUGAGGCCAUGUGUCUGAUGAUGGGGGGCGCUGCAGUGGGGUCCACUCUGGGGUACACGAUCACCUCGGCCACCGCCUGUGUGGGGCAGCCCUCCGGAAUACAGCCCCCCGACUUCAAAGAACUGGGGUACCAUCCAGCCAUGAGCACCCAGGAGCCAGACAUCCAGCAGCACAGCAGCUUUGAGUUCGAGGGAGGGGCCAGCGCUGGGGGGGGGCAGGACUUUGACAGCAGCUUCGAUUAUGGGGGCUUUGUCUUCUAGGGCAAGGGUUCUCCAACUUUCUUUAAAUUUGCAGCUGUGUCCAAAAGUGGAGCAUCACCUAUAAUUUUAGGAUUGAGACAUCAUUAAAAUAUAUUUAUAUCUAUAUACUGUGACAUCACUUUUACUUCAAUCUUUAAAUCUGUAUUCAUUCUAAUUCACAUUAGUUUAUAUAAACUUGUGUUUCUAUUAUCAUGCUGGCUCUGAGGAUCAGUCUUGAUUUGGCCUCCCCAGUGCAUCGGCAUGCACAGCUUUUGAAUUGUUUAUCUAUUUAUUUAAACGUUAUAGAUUUAUAGUUAAUUAGUUCAUUCUUUUCUGUUGGUUGAGUCAGUCUAUUUUGUCCAUUUACUUUCUUUUCUUCUUCUAUAUGUCGCAUUGUCUAAUUUUAGCUGUUCUAAUACUAAUUAAUCUAAUCAUCGAUUUCACGUCCUUGACUGGUGAAGUGCUGUACUGCUGAUUCAUUCAUUUUUUAAAAUUAUUUCUCAUUAAUAGUAGUG